GCUGAAUGGAUGUCUUGUGAACAGUUUCACGUUGUGGAACUUGCUUUGGAGCUGCCCCUCCCAGAAAGGCUUCAAUUGCCAGGAGCAGGAGCUUGGACUCUGCGAGAGACUUGCUCUGUGGAGAGCUUCAAGAGGUACCACAGGGGCUGCUGCCUGGAGCCACCUUACCAGGAGGCAGAGCUCUCUGAGGAUCUGCUGCUUGUCUCUGCCCUGAGGGUGAAGAUGGAUGACAGGCGCUGCCCGGUGAUCUUCCCAGAUGCGAGGAAUUUCCGCCCCUUCACUCCUGACUCUUUGGCUGCAAUCAAGAAGCGGAUCGCCAUCCAGAAGGAGAAAAAAAAGUCCAAAGACCAGACAGCAGCAGAACCCCAGCCUCGACCUCAGCUUGACCUAAAGGUGUCCAGAAAGUUGCCCAUGCUCUAUGGUGACAUUCCCCAUGAGCUGAUAGGGAAGCCCCUGGAAGACUUGGACCCAUUCUACAGAAAUCAUAAGACAUUUAUGGUGUUGAACAAAAAGAGAACAAUCUACCGCUUCAGUGCCAAACGUGCCUUGUUCAUUUUGGGGCCUUUCAAUUCAAUCAGAAGUUUAGCCAUUAGAAUUUCAGUCCAUUCAUUGUUCAGCAUGUUCAUCAUCUGCACCGUCAUCAUCAACUGCGUGUUCAUGGCCAUGACUCGUGGGAAGGACAGCAUUAACAUAGAUACUGAGAGUGCUGAGUAUGUCUUCACUGGGAUUUAUAUAUUUGAAGCAUUAGUUAAAAUAUUGGCAAGAGGUUUUAUUCUGGAUGAGUUUUCUUUCCUUCGAGAUCCGUGGAACUGGCUGGACUCCAUUGUCAUUGCAACAGCGUUUGUGUCAUAUUCACCAUAUAUCAAGGACAGCAGCAUCAGUCUGUCAUCCCUGCGUACCUUCCGAGUGUUCAGAGCUUUGAAAGCAAUUUCAGUAAUUUCAGGUCUGAAGGUCAUUGUUGGGGCCUUGCUGCGCUCUGUGAAGAGGCUUAUCGAUGUGAUGAUCCUGACUCUCUUUUGCCUCAGCAUCUUCGCCCUGGUAGGUCAGCAGCUCUUCAUGGGAAAUCUGAACCAGAAAUGUGUGAGGAAAGACUGUGACUCUGACUAUAAAGACUAUUGCUUUGAAAAGAAAGAUUCCACUGAAUUCAGAAUAUGUGGCACAUGGAUGGAGAGCGGGGCUUGUUCUGAACAAUUUGAAUGCAAACAUACCAAUAAAAAUCCUGACUAUAAUUACACGAAUUUUGACAGCUUUGGCUGGUCUUUUCUUGCCGUGUUCCGGCUUAUGACCCAAGAUUCCUGGGAGAAGCUUUAUCAACAGACUUUGCGCACCUCAGGGCUCUACUCAGUCUUCUUCUUUGUGGUGGUCAUCUUCCUGGGCUCUUUCUACUUGAUUAACUUAACCCUGGCCGUUGUCACCAUGGCUUACGAGGAACAGAACAAGAAUGUAGCUGCUGAGACAGAAGCCAAGGAGAAGAUGUUCCAGGAAGCCCAGCAGCUGUUAAAGGAGGAGAAGGAGGCUCUGGUUGCCAUGGGUAUUGACAGAAGUUCACUUAGUUCCCUUGAAGCAUCAUCUUUUUCCCUGAAGAAGAGAAAGCUAUUUGGUAAUAAGAAAAGAAAAUCCUUCUUUUUGAGAAAGUCUGGGAAAGACCAGGUUCCAGGAUUAGAUUCUGAUGAAGAUUCUUCAAAAAAGCCACACCUACUUGAACAAACCAAACGACUGUCCCAGAAUCUGUCAGUGGAGCACUGUGAUGAGCACAGAGACCCCUUCCAAAGGCAGAGAGCACUGAGCGCUGUGAGCAUCCUCACCAUCACCAUGCACGAACAAGAAAAAUCACAGGAACCUUGCCUCCCAUGUGGGGAAAACCUGGCAUCCAAAUACCUCGUGUGGGACUGUAGCCCCCGGUGGCUGUGCAUUAAGAAGGCCCUGAGAACCAUGAUGACUGACCCCUUUACUGAGCUGGCCACCACCAUCUGCAUCAUAAUCAACACUCUCUUCUUGGCCAUGGAGCAUUACAAAAUGGACCAGAGUUUUGAGAACAUGUUAUACACAGGGAAUUUGGUUUUCACUGGCAUUUUCAUGGCUGAAAUGUGCCUAAAAAUCAUUGCGCUGGAUCCCUACCACUACUUUCACGGAGGCUGGAACAUUUUUGACAGCAUUGUUGCUCUUCUGAGUUUUGCAGAGGUGAUAAUAAAUAGUAUGUGUCCAGGAAAACAAAGUUGUAUGUCACUUCGUUCCUUAAGAGUGCUGAGGGUCUUCAAGUUAGCCAAAUCCUGGCCAACUUUAAACACACUGCUUAAGAUAAUUGGCCAUUCCGUUGGAGCCCUUGGAAACCUGACUGUGGUCUUGGCCAUUGUGGUCUUUAUUUUCUCAGUAGUUGGCAUGCAGCUUUUUGGCUCUAAAUUCAAUUGCAUAAAGAGUAAUUCAAAGUCCCAUGACCCUGCAGUCCCAUGUUUACGACGCUGGCACAUGGGGGAUUUCUACCACUCCUUUCUGGUGGUAUUCCGCAUCCUCUGUGGGGAAUGGAUCGAAAACAUGUGGGAAUGUAUGCAAGAAGCUAACCAAGCACUGUGCAUUAUUGUGUUUCUGUUGAUCAUGGUGAUAGGAAAACUCGUGGUACUCAACCUCUUCAUUGCCUUGCUGCUCAAUUCCUUCAGCAAUGAGGAGAGAGAUGGACACUUGGAAGGAGAGGUCAGGAAAACCAAAGUCCAGUUAGCCUUGGACCGGUUCUGCCGGGCUUUUUGUUUUGUCAUAUGCACUCUUGAGCAUUUUUGUACCAAGUGGUGCAGGAGACAACAUUUACCAAAGGAAGAAGAGGUGACAGAAGGCCCUGAGGCAGAGAGCAAAGGUGUCAUUCCCCUGGUCACAGAGAUGAGAAAGGGCCCAGAGACCUGGGAGGAGUUUGGUGUACUGACUUCCGCACCAAAGACCUUGAGUGUCGGGCAUGAUCGGACUUGGUUGGCCCCACUAGCAGAGGAAGAAGAUGAUGCUGAAUCCCCUGGUGAAGAUAAGGCACAGCCUAUCACACAACCUGAGGCUGGAAAACAGGCCAGUGAACUCCCUCAGAAGACCAAGGAGCCCACCAGUCCAGGAGCUCAGAGUGUGGAAAUGGACAUAUUCUCUGAAGGUGAUCUUUAUCUGUCGGUACAGAAUCCCCGAAAGAAGUCUGAUGCUACGAGUGUGCUCUCAGAAUGCAGCACCACUGGUCCACAGGAUCCCUUUAGGCGGGUACUUGAAAUGGUUCCCAAAAAGGAACCAGAGAGAUGUUUGCCCAAAGGCCUGGAUUGCUGCUCUCCAUGCUGUACUAUGGACAAGAGGAAGUUCCCCUGGAUCAUUUGGUGGAACCUGCGGAAAACCUGCUAUCAAAUAGUGAAACACAGCUGGUUUGAGAGCUUUAUUAUCUUUGUGAUUCUGCUGAGCAGUGGGGCACUGGUAUUUGAAGAUAUUUACCUUGGUACACAACCCAAAAUCCAAAAAAUACUUAAUUGUACUGACAGUAUUUUCACAUACAUUUUUAUCUUGGAGAUGGGUCUGAAAUGGGUGGCCUUUGGAUUUAGGAAGUAUUUCACCAGUGCCUGGUGCUGGCUCGAUUUCAUCAUUGUGAUUGUCUCUGUGACCAGUCUCAUCGACUUAAAGGUCUUGAAGUCCUUCCGGAUUCUGCGAGCGCUGAGGCCUCUGAGAGCACUGUCCCAGUUUGAAGGAAUGAAGGUGGUAGUUAAUGCUCUCAUAGGUGCCAUACCUGCCAUCCUGAAUGUUUUGCUUGUCUGCCUCAUUUUCUGGCUCAUAUUUUGUAUCCUGGGAGUAAAUUUGUUUUCUGGAAAAUUUGGAAGAUGUGUUAAUGUAACAGAUGGAAACUCAGUUAUAAAUUACAACAUUGUUGCAAACCGGAGUCAAUGUGAAAGUGGAAAUUUCUCCUGGUUCACCCUGAAAGUCAACUUUGACAAUGUGGGAAUGGCUUACCUCGCGCUGCUGCAAGUGGCAACAUUUAAGGGCUGGAUGGAUAUUAUGUAUGCAGCUGUUGAUUCCAGAGGGGAAGGACAACAGCCAAGGUUUGAGGAGAACUCAUUAAUGUAUGUUUACUUCGUAGUUUUUAUCAUCUUUGGCUCAUUCUUCACGCUGAAUCUCUUUAUUGGUGUUAUUAUUGACAACUUCAACCAACAGCAGAAAAAGAUAAGUGGCCAAGACAUCUUUCUGACAGAAGAACAGAAGAAAUACUAUAAUGCAAUGAAAAAAUUAGGAUCCAAAAAACCUCAAAGGCCCAUCCCAAGGCCUCUGAACAAAUGCCAGGGUCUUGUUUUUGACCUAGUUACACACCAGGUCUUUGACAUCAUCAUCAUCAUCCUCAUUUUCCUCAACAUGGUUAGCAUGAUGGCUGAAUCAUAUGGCCAGUCCAGAGCCAUGGAACUCUUCCUUGAGCGUCUCAACCUGGCCUUUGUGGCCAUCUUUACAACUGAGUGUCUCAUCAAAAUCUUUGCUUUGAGGCAAUACUACUUCACCAGUGGCUGGAAUUUAUUUGAUUGUGUGAUCGUGGUCAUUUCUAUUGUUAGUACAAUUGUUUCUGCCUUGAAAACCCAGGCACACAUUCCUUUCCCUCCAACAUUCUUCAGAAUUGUCCGCUUGGCUCGGAUUGGCCGAAUCCUGAGACUUGUUCAGGCAGCACGAGGAAUCAGAACUCUCCUUUUCGCGCUAAUGAUGUCUCUUCCCUCUCUAUUCAAUAUUGGUCUUCUACUCUUUCUGGUUAUGUUUAUUUAUGCCAUUUUUGGUAUGAACUGUUUUUGCAAAGUGAAGGAAGAGUCUGGAAUUGAUGACAUAUUCAACUUCAAAACUUUCAAAGGCAGCAUGCUCUGCCUCUUCCAGAUAACCACAUCAGCAGGCUGGGAUGCCCUCCUCAGCCCCAUGUUGCAAUCAAAAGACUCAUGUAACCCCAAGUCAGAGAACUGUCACCUCUCUGCCAUAGCCAUAACCUACUUCGUCAGUUAUAUCAUCAUCUCCUUUCUCAUCGUGGUCAACAUGUAUAUUGCUGUGAUUUUAGAAAACUUCAAUAUAGCCACUGAAGAAAGUGAGGACCCUUUGGGUGAAGACGACUUUGAAAUAUUCUACGAAGUCUGGGAAAAGUUUGACCCGGAAGCAACACAAUUUAUCAAAUAUUCUGCUCUUUCUGACUUUGCUGAUGCCCUUCCUGAGCCUCUCCGUGUGGCAAAGCCAAAUAAAUACCAAUUUUUAGUCAUGGACUUGCCCAUGGUGAGCGGAGAUCGCCUUCAUUGUCUGGAUAUCCUGUUCGCUUUCACUGCUAGGGUACUUGGUGAGUCCAGUGGCCUGGAUAGCAUGAAAGCAGUGAUGGAGGAGAAGUUCAUGGAAGCCAACCCUUUCAAGAAGUUAUAUGAACCCAUAGUCACCACCACCAAGAGGAAGGAAGAGGAAAGAUGUGCUGCUGUAAUUCAAAAGGCCUUUCGAAAGUACAUGAUGAAGACCAAGUGUACCUUGGAAGACAGGCCUCAUUCACCCCUCCAGACACUCUGCAAUGGAGACUUGUCCAGCUCUGGGGUGGCCGAGGGCAAGGUCCACUACGACUGAGCCCCUCACCUCCACCCCUACCUCACAGCCUCAGAGCCUUGCCUCCAGCCUCUGAGCUCCAAGGGGUCCACAGCUCAGUGUGCGAACAAGCAGUGGACUCACUGAACUAGCCAUUCCAUUUUUCUUUUUCUGGCUAAAAGAAAUGGUGUUUCUGAGUUCACUUCAAAUGGUUCUUAUAGAGAUAUAAGAUAAGGCUGCCCGACUAUAACCACCGGUACUGUUUUAACCAGGAAAAAGACACUAGAAUGGGCUGUAGAGCAGGGGUCUCCAACCCCUGGGCUGCAGACCACACUACCGGUCCGUGGCCUGUCAGAAACUGGGCCGCACAGCAAGAGGUGAGCAGAGGGUGAGCCAGCAAGAUUUCAUCUGCCGCUCCACAUCACUCGCGUUCCACCCGAACCACCCCUCCGCAACCCAGUCUGUGGAAAUACUGUCUUCUGCAAAAUUGGUCCCUGGUGCCAGAAAGGUUGGGGACCGCUGCUGUAGGGGACACUAAUGUGAGGAUUGAAGCACAGUUCAAAUUAUAUCAAAAGAAACUAAUAAGAAACAGAAAACAUUAACAUUUUAAAUUGUGUUUUUCCAAAUGUUCUUAAGUACAGUAUCCAACACCUUUGUUUGAUGUUUUCCCCAAUAAAAUAUAUGGCUUAUCACACAUAACUCUUCUGCAUGCUAAGUGAAAAUUCAAAACCUGCCAAUAAAUACUUAUUGCAGAUUUUUUUUUAACCAGCAUUAAACUUUUGGGGUUUAUUUCAAACCUAAAAGCAUGGUCAUGACUUGUCAGUUACCACCGUAUCUUUCACCAGCUGCAAUCUCUGUUAUAUAU